AUGGCGAUUAGAUCAUGGUACUGUACAUAAUAUAAACAAUUUUUUGACAUUUUAGAGCUUAUUAAGCAGGAAUAAAAGUGGUGCUAUUGAUAUAAAAGGAAGGGUGCGAAAGAGGAAGAAGAAGAAACAGAUCUGAAAAUGUUCGUGCAAAUAAUGUUAGAUCACAUGCAAAUAGUUUUUUAAGAUAUCACUAUAUUGUUGUUUGUAUUACGUAUUUUAUCAGCAAUGCCAAAUCGUGAUGAUAGCACUGAUAAGCGUGCUAAGGGAAAGAGUAGCAGUCGUAGGAAUGUAGAAAAAGACCUGGAGCCAGUACACAAACCGCUAUAUCGUCAUAGACGAGUUCAUAAGGUAAAACAUAAUUCAAGGAAUAAUGAUGCGUCUGGAGAAUUGACAGGUAGAAAUGGAAAUAACGAUAGUGCUGUGUUACCUAAGAAAAAUAGCAAACGUUGUAUCCAAAAAGAGAUCGAUAAAUUAGUUGAAGAAAAUAGGAUAUUAACAAUGAGGCUUGAGGGCUCUGAUAUAGAUCCUGAAAUUUUUGCGGAGUUGAAGGAAAAAGAUAUUUUGAUGUCAAGAAUCUGCAAUAAGUAUCACAAAUUAUUGAAGGAUCGCGAGGAACUUCAACAAGAAUGCGAGAAGUUAAAUGUACUGUUGGCAGAACGCGAAGCAGAAUACCGUCAACUGCAUGUACAUCAUAAAGAAUUUAUAGAAGCUCUACAAAAAGCAGAGAAAACAAAGGUCAAUCUUCUAACGUUCAAUCAAAGAUUCAAAUCUGAAAACGUUCAGUUAAAUGAGGAUGUACUGCUUCUUAAGAACGUGAUAUAUCGAUUGAACGCAGAAUUAGAAAGAUAUCAGGAUAAACUGAGGGAAUGUGGGGAGAGUGUUGCAAUUAAAGAUAUCAAGGAUAUAUUAGACUCCAAGGGACAAGCUAACGACAUUAAUAAGGUAUUGGAGUCAUGGGGUUCUGUGAAUAUUCAUGUAUUAGGCCCGCUUUUAGAUGCUUAUCAAGAAAGCCUGUCAGAGAAACAGGAACUUAUAAAUAAAUAUGAGGAAGACAUUGCGAAUUUUGGCGUUAGAUGUAAGGAAGUUGUUGCGGAGAACGAAUCUAUGCAAAGCGAAAUGGAUAAGCUCAGAUCGAAGUGUACCAGAUAUGCAGACGAGAUCAAGAUGAUAUCUGAGGACGCUAACCUGCUCAAGGAACUGAAUGAAUGUUACACAAAACAGACUGCUCACCAAAAGCAAAAAAUUCAUGAGAUUCAUUCUCUGUACGAGCAAAAGGUGGAAGCGAUGUCGUUCGACAAUAAUAGGCUUCACGAGGAAUGUCUCGCUUCCAAGACCGAGCUAAGUAAUCUCCAAGGGAAAUAUGAUGUUCUUCACAAAGAGUAUGAAAAGCUACAAAGUGACAAUACGAAAACGAUGCCUAUCGAUGUCCAUAAUGCUGCCGUCGAAGAAUGCAAAGAACUGUUUGAGAAACUGAAACGUCAAUACGAGACUGAGAAGGAGAAGCUGUCCGCUCGUAUUAAAGAAUUGGAGGAACUGCAUUGUCAGAAUAAAACGCAACUGGACGUAGUUACGAUGGAGAGAAAUCAAUUGAAAGUGUCGAAUAAAAAUUUUGAGAAAAAUUUAAAACGAAUGCAACGGAAAUUGGAGCAUUUCCAGAAGAUCGCGCAUUCCGUGCAAGUGUCCCGUGAUUCUUUUAAGAAACAAUUAAAGAAAACCACUAUGUACUGCGAGGAAUUGUUUAGCGAAUACGAGAGGACGGUCGCCGAGCGGGAUAAGCUGGUUUCUCUUUUGCAUGAAACAGAAAACGAAAAUGCAAGUAUUCACUUUCUCGGCGACACUAUCACUCAACGAAUGGAUCACUUGAAGAAGCAAUUAAAAGUCGUACACGAGGGUACUAAGCAGCAAUUAGAGAUGGCGGAGAAAAAUAUGAAAGUGCAACAGCUCGGAGUGCAUCGGAUGAAAGACGAAUAUCACCGAGAACUGCAACGUCUCAAGCAUUUGGUGAAGCAAAAGGAGGAGGUGAUCGGACGACUGCAGAAAGAGAUCGCCACCACUCGUGAGAAUUUAGAAUUCAUUUGGAAAGCCACUGCUACGGAUCAGAAAAAAGUUAAGGGAGCGUUGAAAAGUGUGAAGAUUCAGCAUGUCUAAUGUUAGGACAAAUUAUUUAUGACGAAAAUGUAAAGUAGAUGAUACUCUCUUCCAAUGCGGCAAAAAAAAAAAAACAACAGCAUAUAAGUAUCGUUGCAAACGCAUAAUGUUUAUUUGGCCUAAGCAAUGCGCAAAGAACAAAGCUGAUUAACUUAAGAAUACCUUGUCGGGACUAAGUAAAAGAAAGCUAGUCAUUAUUGUAUACAAACUUUAUAAUUUGUUACAUAUCUCAUAUGUUAUAUUUAUUGCGACAGUUGUAUCGUCUCCUCUCUAUUCAAUAAACGGAAAUAAAACAUCAAGGUAUCGGCUGCGAUUGGUCAGUUCGGCGUUACGCCACAAAUUGAAAGCAGCGUCGCU